AAAGGAAGAAAGAAAAAGAAAAGCAUUGGAUGAUUCUCUGUACUGUUGAAGAAGAAGCAGAAUAUUGCCAACCCCCAUCCUUCAUGACAAAGUAACAUCUUUUUUCUUUAUCAUUACAUGUAACAUAGUCAUCAAUUCAUCUUCCCCUUUUACUUUUUCCUUCUUUCCUUUUCUCUCCUUACCUUUUAUCUGCACCACUUUAUCUCUCUCUCUCUCUCUCUACUGUCUUUUAUCCCAUUCCAAUCUCUGUGCGUUGUCUUUUAAGCACAGCCAUUUUCUGAAUCUUGUUAAAAUUCCUUGGCCUCUCUUCCCAAAACAAGAAAAUAAUUUCCAUGGCCAAACUAGCUUCUAAGUGUCUCUUCCUUCUCUUCUCGUCUCUUCUCUCUUUCUGCUCUUCUGGAACCCAGGUGGGUUUCUCCUAUAAUGUUAAAAGUAGUGUUGCUGCUUCAUCAAUUAGCAGAACACUGUCACUCUUUGAGCAAAACAAGGUCUUUAUAUCUCAUGUUCGAGUUUUUGUUGCAGAUCAUAGGGUUUUAAGUACACUUCCCAAUACUAAUGUGUUAGUUGAUCUUUACUUAGAUGAAAGUCUAGUUGAGAAUUUUACAAAUUCUAAAUCAUCUGCUAUUUUGUGGCUUAAAACCCAUUUAGUUACCUUACUGCCUCAUGUCAAAAUCAAAAGUAUAGCAGUAAGAGGUAGCAGUGACUUGUCUAAGCUUUUAUCCUCCUUGAACAUGAUCAACUCUGUUCUAAGGAGUUCUAAUUUUUAUAAUGAUGUUAAGGUAUCUGUGGCAUUUGCAUUGUCAUUCUUGGAGAAUCUGAAUGGGAAACAAGAAAAUGACCUGCAUAGGGUUUUAGGGUUUAUCAAGAGAAUUAGGUCCUUCGUUAUUGUAGAAGGCAGUAUUGAUGAUAGUGUAGAAUUAAACAUGGGAGAUCUUUUCGUCAAAUCAAUUAUCAAGAAAGCUACACUUGCAACUUCUAUACUUCCUUGCUAUGAUGUUGAUAUAAUCAUGACAGUCAAGAGCCUCGUAUAUCCUAGUGCAAAACAAGUAGCUGAAUUUGCAGCUAAGUUAUCAAAAUCAUUAGAGAAUACUCAGAUUGCAGGUCAGGUAGCUGAAUUAUAUGCAGAAGUAUCUUCUACAGAAGGUUUUGCAGAAAAAGAGCUUAGAAGGGAGCAUGAACAAAUCUUUCCUUCUGCUCGACGGGAACUCAUGAAAAGCCUGAAAGCUAUAUCACAUGAUGAAAUCGAUCCACCAGUCACACUUCCCCCAGAUAAUCCCACGCCAACAAUUGUCACUGUCCCUGCUACUAAUCCUGUCACUAUAACACCAGCUAAUCCUGUAUCCACUCCUGUACAAGUCCCCUCCACUACACCUGUUUUGUUUCCACCUACUAAUCCUGCUGUUAAUCCACCAGCACCAAUCACCAAUCCAGUCACAACACCAGUAGCACCUAUUACGGUUCCUGGGAUGCAACCAAUAACAAAUCCUGUCACAACAUAUCCUGCCCCGCCAGGAAAUGUUCCAGUCACAACACCAGCCACUAAUCCUGUGACGCCUCCUGCAACAACAAAUGCUCCCGCAAUUCCAGGACAAAGCUGGUGUGUAGCCAAGACCGGGGUAUCGGAAAUUGCACUUCAAGCAGCGCUGGAUUAUGCUUGUGGAAUGGGAGGUGCUGAUUGUUCACAGAUCCAACAAGGUGGGAGCUGUUAUAAUCCAAAUACUCUGCAAAACCAUGCCUCAUUUGCAUUCAACAGCUAUUAUCAGAAGAAUCCUGCAGCAACCAGCUGUGAUUUUGGAGGGACAGCCAGUAUAGUCAGCAGCAAUCCAAGUACUGGUUCCUGUGUUUUUCCAUCAUCGUCAUUAUCAUCACCAUCAUCAACGACAACAUUGCCAACACCACCAAGUCCAACUACAAAUCCGGCAAUAACACCAUCAACUCCGGGAACUGGAGAAUCAGGAACUGGGACUCCACCAUCAGUUUUAAACUCAAGCAGCCCCGGCUCAGGAACAGGAACAGUUUUUGGGUCUGAAACCCCUCCUGGUUUCAACAGUUCCACAUCCAAGUCAGCUUCUUUUCAUCCAUCUUUUGGGUGCAUCAUUUUGGUAACGUUGUUCAUUGCCAGAACAAUCACACUAGACAUGUAGAAGGGAGCAUUUUUCCAUGUGCAUUAAAUGGUUGGAAACUCAUGCUUCAACAGCAGAUCAGAGUUGCAGAUACAACCACCAUUACAGGAAAAAAAAAAACAGAAGAUGAGUUCCACGAGGAUGAGUUAUAAUGCCUAGAUCCCGCUAAAGAUUAACUGGAGUGCGCGAGACUGCUCAGAUGUAAAGAUGUUUUGCUGAAGGUACAAUAUUAAUCCCACAUGAAAUAUAAUUGCAUGUUUAUUUAAAGACUUCUGUUAGUAGUAAAAGGUAGUGAGGUUGGAUAGGAGUUAUAGUAGUAGUACAAGGGCAAUUUGUUCCUGUAUAUCUUUGAAAGAUAGCAAAGUUUCCAGUUUAGCUUUUGUAUUA